UAACAACUCAAAUAAUCUAGAUAAACAAACGGGACUACUCAUAUUAUAUAAUCCAGAUUAUAUAAUCCUCCAAAAAUAAUCUAGAUUAUAUAAUCCAUGGGGUUAACAAACAGGCCCUAAGCCUUACUGGGAACGGGGAACGGCGAGCGUUUUCUUUGGUGAAGAUAGUACGUGUCAAAUGUAGAGAGACGCAUUUGAAUGCAGUGCUGCAGCUUCUGGGCCGACCGGGGGGGGGGGGGGGGGGGGGGGUGCGUUUGACUUCCCUUUCCUUCCUGCGGUAGGGGCCCACCUCGUUGCCCCGCUAGGCCGCUACCCUUCUCUCUUCCCCCGCCUCCGUCUCUUCGACUCCAGACACCUCCCCUUCCCGCUCGCCGGCGCUCGGCGGCGAUCCGGAACCGGCAGCGGCGCGCAUGGCGGGCCCGUGGGACACGCACGCGUCGACGAGCCGGGCGCCCGCGGGCCCCGACGGGGAGGCGGAGGGCGCGUCGCCGGACUCGCUGCGGAACACGCCCUCCAACAUCGCGCGGCUGGAGGACGCGAUCGGGCACUGCGCGGCGCGCCGCAAGUACCUCGCGCACACCAAGAGCCCCUCCGACGGCGAGGACGUCCGCUGGUACUUCUGCAAGCUUCCCCUCGCCGACAAAGUGCUCUCUUCUUCGGUACCACGGACAGAGAUAGUCGGGAAAGGAGACUAUUUCCGGUUCAGCGAGAGGGACUCUCUGGCACUGGAGGCAUCUUUCUUGGAGAGGGAGGAAGAGCUGCUUGCGUACUGGUGGAGGGAGUACGCUGAAUGCAGUGCAGGACCAAGAGGAUCCUUGGUUGAAAGUGAUGAUUCUGCAUAUCUUUAUAAGGUUGAGGAAGAGCGGGUUGGGGUUCCUGUGAAAGGUGGACUAUAUGAGGUUGAUUUGAUGAGGCGGCAUUGCUUCCCUGUGUACUGGAAUGGGGAAAACCGGCGUGUCUUGAGAGGCCACUGGUUUGCUCGCAAAGGUGGCGUCGACUGGAUUCCCGUGCGCGAGGAUGUCUCUGAACAACUUGAGUUAGCGUAUAAUUGUCAGGUCUGGCAUCGUCGGAAAUUUCAACCUUCAGGCCUAUUUGCAGCAAGGGUUGACCUUCAAGGAAGUACACCGGAUUUGCAUGCUCUUUUUACUGGAGAGGAUGAUACUUGGGAAGCUUGGCUUGUCUUUGAUACAGGUCCUAAGUUUGGUAGCAACACAAUCAAAUUAAGACGCGGAUAUUUCUGUUCUGAAUCUGCAAGUACAAAGCCUUCACAGGAUGAAUUGCGUCAGAAAAAAGAAGAGGAAAUGGAUGAUUACUGCUCUCAGGAUGAAUUGCGUCAGAAAAAAGAAGAGGAAAUGGAUGAUUACUGCUCUCAGGUUCCAGUUGGUCAUCUGGUAUUCAUGGUUCAUGGCAUUGGACAGAGGCUGGAGAAAGCUAAUCUUGUUGAUGAUGUUGUUGAUUUCCGUCGUGUAACUGCUAACCUAGCUGAAAGAUACUUAACUUCGUAUCAAAGAAGUACCCAGAGGGUUCUAUUUAUACCCUGUCAGGUCUCGAACCAGUUGAACAAACUGUACAUGAAAUUUCUAAAGAGAAAUCCUGGUUACAGUGGAAAGGUUUCAUUGUAUGGCCACUCGUUAGGAAGUGUUUUGUCGUAUGAUAUACUUUGUCAUCAAGAAUCCCUUUGGGCCCCAUUUCCAACAGAGUAUCUGAACAUGGAAACAUCUGAUCGAAAUCAAGGAGCAAAAUCAGCCAAUGAAGCUGAUCUGCAUGAUUCAGGCGCAAAGGAUCAUGAUACUUCUAGUCUAGGGUAUUCUUGUGCUGAUAAUGAAAACAGUGUCAUUGAUGAAGAUAGCACCAGAACUGACGUGUCAUGUAUGGACAGCAUCCUCCCAUCAUGUGUGCUUGAGGAUUCACCAAAUAACCAUGACACUGUCGUGCCUCGUGGUGCGGUUGUUGCUGAUCAAAAUGGAGAAGAAAAGAAGGUUGAGAAUUAUCAGUCGGUGUAUGCUGAGGAAGGAACAACUUCAGGUGUAAUCACAAAAAAGGCUGAAGGAUCAAGCAUUUCAAGAUCUGCUAAGGAAGUCCAUGAAGAGGUCCUCGACAAAGAAAAAUUGAUGGUCCUUGCCAAAGACAAAUUGAUCCUUUCACUAGAAGAAGAGGUGAAAUGUCUUAAAGCUAAACUAGAUCAGCUUGAACAACAUAAUCAUCUAGUGACUGAAAACACCAGUGGUGUUGAGUAUCAUGAAGGGCAAAAUUAUAAUCAUGCCUUGAACUCUGGCAAACUUUUCGUGGCACAAGAAAGUACAAACCAGUCCUACUCACCGCAAAUCAAAUACACGAAACUAAACUUUAAGGUUGAUACAUUCUUUGCUGUUGGAUCUCCCUUGGGUGUCUUCCUUUCCCUGCGUAAUGUCCGUAUUGGUAUUGGCAAAGGACAAGACUAUUGGCAAGAUAAGAACGUAAUUGAAGAGAUGCCAUGCUGCCGGCAGAUGUUCAAUAUUUUUCAUCCUUUUGACCCUGUAGCAUACAGAAUUGAACCACUUGUAUGUGAAGAUUAUCUAAAGAAGCGUCCUGUAAUUGUUCCCUACCAUAGAGGCGGAAAGAGGAUACAUGUUGGAGUGCAGGAGUUCAGAGAAGAUAUUUCUGCACGUUCUCAAGCAAUUGCCCGUCAAUUGAAGUCACUGAAGGUCAAAGCAGUAGCUGCUAUACUAGCAUUGAGCAGAAAUGACACAGAAGAGGAUGGUGAGAGUGCUAAUGAGAAAGAAAAAUCAUAUGGUUCCAUUAUGAUGGAAAGGUUGACCAGUUCACCGAAUGGUCGAAUUGAUCAUGUGCUUCAGGAGAAAACAUUUCAGCAUCCAUAUCUAUCUGCUUUGGGAGCUCAUACCAACUAUUGGCGAGAUCAUGAUACUGCUCUCUUCAUUCUCAAACAUUUGUAUCGUGAUAUACCCGAGGAUCCUCCAAGCGAUGUCAUUGAAAGGAUGCCUAUUAAACUAUUUUAUGAGAGAGAUCCAGUUGAGGAAGAAACGCCUGUGACGUUUUCAGAUCAUGCAGCAAUUAAGGAAUUCUGCAGAAAGGUGAAAGCUUACUCAAGAAAAAUGGAGGAUGAUGCCAACUGCCAAGCCUCGUGAUGGAUUUUUAGUCUCUCGUUACGGCCUCACACGUUCCUGGGCAAGCAGAAGCAAGAUGCAGACAUGGGAAGGAAGAACGAAUCGUGAUCCCAAGAAAAGAAUCCACGAGAUGCAGUUCCACGCUUCACGCCAGAAUCAGAGCACUUGGAGAAUGUUGUACGGAGUAGAGUCGGUUGCCUUGCUCGUUCCUACAUUUAUAAUGCAGUGUUGUACAUAGAACGUCCGACUGUAGUUUUGUGCAUCUUGAACGUAAUGUUAUGCUGCCUGCUUUAAAUGCUACAGAAUAUAUUUUUGCUUUUGCAUCCCUAGUGUGCGUCAAUUGCAAAGUGGUUAGCUCC